AUGGCGGCGGGCCUCGUUUCGGCAGCGGGGUUCAGCUGCCUGCCCACCGCCAAGCUGGUGGGGCCCGGCCGCCAGCCAAGAGCUAAAUUCUGCCCCUUGAAUGAUCUAAAUCGACAGGUAUGCCUGAAGCUGACUGUGAUCAUGGUUGAUGAGAAGAAAGAGCAGGUUUGCAAGAUGGGCGCCAAGCAAGUGCAGAAGAAGCUGCCCACAAAGGGCGGCAAGAAGAGGAAAAGAUCCAGGAAAGAAAGUUACUCCAUUUACAUCUACAAAGUGAUGAAACAGGUUCACCCUGACACUGGCAUCUCCUCCAAGACCAUGAGCAUCAUGAACUCGUUCACGAACGAUAUUUUCGAGUGCAUCGCAGGUGAGGCUUCCCGCCUGGCCCAUUACAACAAGCGCAGCACCAUCAGCUCCCAGGAGAUCCAGACCGCUGUACGCCUGCUGCUACAUGGGGAACUGGCCAAGUACGCCGUGUCGGAAGGGACAAAGAUGGUGACCAAGUACUCCAGCUCCAAGUAA